GUAAGUUAAAAAGUAAAACUUUUUAUUCUACUAAUAUCUCUUUCGAAAAGAAACAUCCAAGGAAACGGAAGAAUGAUGAUUUGUCCAAUUUACCGAUGGACUGCUCUGACAACAAAGGUAGUAACACAACAGACCAACAGUCAAGGAAAUCUCUGUGUAUUAACCAACCUGUUAUAUGGGAUGUUAGUACAGCUCAUGCAGUUGAAAUUUUACAAGAUAUGGGAGUGAGCAUGUUGGAAGAUGACCUUUCUCUUGACAGCUGUCAUGAACCAGAGUCAACUCCUCAAAAUGUUACUAAUGCACAACAGAGGGCUUCUUGUAAGGCCCCACGUGCUCCAGUAGCUCAUUCCUCAAUCAAUAACCAACAAGUUAACACUUCCUUAAGUUCACCAUUUAGUAGAGUUGCAGAUGACUUUGUUUUGUUUCGUCGUAGUAGACAAGAAGGCUCCUUGGGGAAAGAUCAUUUUUCACAAAUAUCGGAUGAAAUCAUUCUGCAGAUUUUCAAGUGGCUUCCAAAGUAUGCACUGGCUAGAUGUGCUCAAGUCAGUAAACGAUGGAAGGGACUUGCUUACGAUGAGAGUUUAUGGAAAAGAGUUGAUCUUGGCAAGAAACAUCUUCAACCAGGUGUGCUUGGAAUGGUGAUUGAUAGAGGAGUUAUCAUCAUGCGACUUUGUAUGUCAGAGGUAAAGCUACCAGUUUUUGACAGUUUUUCAUUGAUCCAGAAAAGGCAUAAUUUCUAUAGGUACAGUAAACUUCAGUAUCUAGAUCUUAGCAUGGUCACAAUUUCCUUGGAGGGUCUGAAUGAGAUUUUGUCAGUGUGUCAACAGUUAAGAAAACUUAGCCUGGAACAUUGCCGAGUGAACAGUGACAUUUGUUGUCACAUUGGUUUGAACACGAACUUGGAAACUUUGAACAUGGCAAUGUGUGAAGGACUGAAUGCUGAAGGGUUGCAGUCUAUAUUAUGUGGUUGCAGACGGCUAGAGUCAUGGAACUUGGGGUGGACACACCUCUCACCUGAUUGUAUUCAACUGCUGGUUCAUUCUUUACCUCAUUCCAUUUCUCACUUGAACCUCAGUGGCUGUCGACAGAGGCUUGUCAAUGAAGAUAUUGCUACACUGGUCCACCAAUGUUGCAGACUUCAAACUUUAGAUAUCAGUGAUGCCACAUUCCUAACGAAUGAAGCUUUAGAUGAAAUAAUCAAGCUAGAAUACCUGGAACAUCUUCAUGUUAGUCGAUGUUACAGUAUUUCUCCUGCUCAUUAUCUAUCUUUAAAGAAUAUGUCAUCUUUAUGUCGCCUAGAUGUGUUUGGUGUUUUGACAGACACAGCCAUUCAGUCCUUGCGGGCCAAUCUACCUCACAUAGAAAUUAACCGUCAACUAUUUUCAAUUAUCGCAAGACCAACUACAGGCAUUCGUCGCACUAGUAUUUGGGAGUUACGUGUACGUGACUAAUGAGUUAAUUAAAAUCUAAUUUGUGAACUGGGUGCUUUAAUAAUUCAUAGUGCAAUUAAAAAGAGCUAGACUAUAUUUGGUAAUUAAAAUUUUUUAAACUUUUCUUCCCUUAAAAACAUAGCAGCUGUUCAUAAAUCCUCCACUCCUCUUUCUACAAGAUAAUUAUGAAAGUGAUAAAAAAAAUAGAAAUGAGAUAACAUUUUUUCUAGCAAUGACAUUUGUUAGUUCUAGAAUAAGAUAAAUUCUUGAGAUACUGUCAGCCUGUUCAAAUUCUCUUACAAGACAGUGACUUUGCUUGUAUUUCUCAAACUUGAAAAGGUACCCUUUUCUGUGACUUGUUGGAACAGUCUACUAAACGAACAUUGGUUUGUUUUCUCUGCAUAAAACAUUAUUGGAGAAUGAACUGUCAUAAUUUAAAAGUGUAAGUUUAUAUUUCUUGAAUAAGGUGCC